AUGGGCACCAUAGCUUUUUCUGUUACCAUAAUCACUAGAGCUCGAGCUUUCGAGCAUUUCCAUCCAAACCUCUGCAGCUGGAAACGCCCAAUUUCACUUCUCUCUGUGUCCAAAAUCUCUAAUAAUUUUACUGCGAAACUUACAUAUUCAUCGUCAUCAAUGGCCACUCCUCUCCAAGUUCACGCAUCAUCUACCGUAGGUGCACCAAGUGAAGAAUUGUACGCUUCGUCCUCUGGUUUGAUCGGAGCAAACGAUUUGUUGAUCGUUGGACCUGGUGUUUUAGGUCGCAUUGUGGCUGAAAAAUGGCGGGAGGAACACCCUGGGUGCCUAAUAUUUGGGGAGACGGUGACAAUGAAUCAUCAUGAAGAGUUGAUUAAAAUUGGGAUUUCUCCAUCUUUGAAGGGGAAGGCGUCUCACAAGUUUCCUUACGUGAUCUUUUGUGCUCCUCCGACACAAACUUCCGACUACCCUGGCGAUGUAAGGUAG